CGUCAAACGGCGCCUCUGUCCGAUUUUGUCCUCUAGUCCCAGGUCCAGAUAUUUCUCUCUGCUCUCCGUCGUCAUCACACAAGUGUCUUCCAUGAAGUUUGUCUGAAUCUGUUGCGUGAAGGAAACUAGGGACCAACAUUACCAAAAAUCACGCCUCUGACCUCACAAGAAGCUCGCUCUCUAAGCAGUGGCAUGGGCCUUGAGUAUACGCUGUCAGAACGAUAACAAACAUUGUGGCGUCGAUGCUGACUUCUCUUUGAUUCAACCGAGAAAAUAGGAUUGGCUCUCUUUCUCUCUCUCUUCCCCAUUGAGGCUCUGUGCCAUCUAUAUAUGUUCUAUAUAUAGCUGGCAUAUGGCUUCAGCGUCCUUGAUCCACGCGCGCUGCGGUUAUUCGCCGAGGUUUUGUGGUAAUCGAAGGAACGGGACGCGUGGACCUCUAGCCUCGUCCUCCUAUCCGCCAUCCUCUACGACGUCGUGUUCGUCGUCUUCUUCGUGUUGUUCGUCUUCGUCCUUGAAUCAUGGUCAGGGAUUGAGCUUUUCUUCUGGCACAAAUAAUAGUUGGAGACAUCAAGGCCGUAAAGCUCAAGCUAUGGGUAUCACCACCCAGGGCAACGCCGCAUCACCCAGGGGUAUUUCAAAUUCAAAAAAUGAACCUGAUCAUCUUCUUGUCCUAGUUCAUGGCAUCUUGGCGAGCCCAAGCGACUGGAUAUAUGUAGAAGCAGAGUUAAAAAAGCGUCUUGGGAGAAACUUCUUGAUUUAUGCAAGUUCAUCCAACACCUAUACUAAAACGUUUUAUGGAAUUGAGGGUGCUGGAAAGCGAUUAGCAGACGAAGUCAUGCAAGUUGUGCAAAAGACACAGAGCCUGAAAAAGAUCUCAUUUUUGGCCCAUUCUCUUGGUGGCUUGUUUGCAAGAUAUGCUGUUUCUGUUCUUUAUACACCACAUGGAUUAAGUAGUGGGGAACCUGAUGAUUCAGCCAGUUCUAUAGUGGAAAAUUCACAAACAGCAUGCUCUUCAAGACGAGGUAUGAUUGCUGGAUUGGAGCCAAUCAAUUUUAUUACCUUGGCAACUCCACAUCUUGGGGUGAGAGGGAGAAAGCAGCUACCAUUCCUCUUUGGGCUUCCCAUCUUAGAGAAGUUGGCUCCACCAUUAGCUCCUAUAAUUGUUGGCCGAACUGGUAGUCAGCUGUUCCUUACCGAUGGUAAACCCGAAAGACCACCUCUUCUUUUGAGAAUGGCAUCUGAUUGUGAAGAUGGAAAAUUUAUAUCAGCCCUAGGUGGUUUUCGAUGCCGCAUUCUUUAUGCAAAUGUAUCUUAUGAUCAUAUGGUUGGCUGGCGCACAUCCUCCAUAAGGAGGGAGGCAGAACUCUCUAAGCCCCCUCGCCGAUCUUUGGAUGGUUACAAGCAUGUUGUUGAUGUUGAGUAUUGUCCCCCAGUUGCCUCCGACGGUCCCCAUUUUCGUCCGGAAGCAGCCAAAGCGAAGGAAGCUGCACAAAAUACACCCAACACCGAAAAUACAGUGGAAUAUCAUGAAAUCAUGGAAGAGGAAAUGAUACGUGGAUUACAGCAAUUAGGAUGGAAAAAGGUUGAUGUCAGCUUUCAUUCGGCAUUCUGGCCCUUCUUCGCCCAUAACAACAUUCAUGUGAAAAAUGAGUGGCUGCACAAUGCUGGUGCUGGAGUGGUUGCUCAUGUUGCAGACAGCUUAAAACAACAAGAAUCUUCCUCGUUCAUUUCUGCCAGCCUGUAGAAUAUGAUUUUCCUGCGUCCUGGAAUGGGGCACGCUUCAUGCUAUUAGCAAAGAUGGUUGUCGUUAUACCAUUCUAAAGAAAACGACUUAAUGAAUGAAGAUAAUCAAGACUGUCGUUCAGAGUAAAUACUGGUUUCCCAUUUGUUUUUUCAAGCUUGACAUGUUUUUCUUUUCCCCCCGUUCAUGUUGAUGUAGGAUAAAUGUUGGUCAAUAAUAUUGAUGAUUUUAUUUUCCCAAUUGGCAGAAGAUAUUCGAGCCAAGGGGGAGGGGAUCUGUAAUUUUUUUUUUUUUUUUUAGUAAUACUAUUUAGUAGACUGUUAUAGGACUGUUAUACAACUUGAUAAUGUAACAGUAAAAAUCAGCCAUUGGAUCAGAGCUGAAAAAAAAAAAAAUUAAUUGAUGGUUGAUUUUCACCACCA